AUGGAUGAUCUAGAGUCGCUCGAGCUGCUGUCCCUAGUGUCGAAGGUCACCUCGGAACUGCAGAACCAUCUCCACAUUAGCGACAAGACCCUUGCCGAAUUCAUCAUUGCCCAGCGGGUCGAGUGCGGCAAUGUUGACGAGUUCAAGACAAGGCUCUCCUCUAUCGCCGAACUACCUCAGAGUUUGAUCGAGAGUAUAGACCGCCUUGUUCUAUCCCUGCAUCCGAAGUUCAAGGGCCAGCCACAGAACGGGGACAGGCAGGAGCCGUCAGCGGAAGAGAAGGCCAAUGUCUUCAAAGGCCUGGCUAUUCCUGACAAGGAGCCCGCCUACGACAACGGCGCCGGAGACGCAAUCGAUGAUACGCUAGCGCUUUUAGAAGGUUUGGAGGGCAAGGCGAAGCGGGAAAAGAAUGGCGCAAACCGAAAGCGCAGCAGGAGUCCAGAGGACGAUGAAGAUGCGAGAAGGCGCAGGCGGAAGGAUCGUUAUCGGGAACGGGAUCAUGCCGAAGACGAUUACCUCCGGGAUCGGGAUGGGUAUUCCAAGCGCAAGGACGAUUAUAGCAAUGGCGACUACUCGAAGAGCAAGGGUCGAAAGGAGAGGCGGACAAGAAGAGAUUACUUUGAUGAUGAGGACGAGGAUAAUGAGUUACGCCGGCCGCCGACCCCGGAAAUGGAUGACUCCCCCAAGUUGUUCAAGGUCUACGACGGACAUGUCACAGGAAUCAAAGAUUUUGGCGCCUUCGUCAACCUCCAUGGAAUCAAGGGCAAGGUGGAUGGGCUAGUACACGUGUCGGCGCUGGUCGAAGGUCAGAGGGUUAAUCACCCGUCGGAUCUAUUGACAAGAGGUCAGAAUGUGAAGGUCAAGGUUGUCAAAAUGGAAGGCAACAGGAUAGGCCUGUCCAUGAAGGAGGUUGACCAAGUCACUGGCGAGGAUCUCGCUCCCCAAGCGCGAAUACAAUCUGGUGCAAAUAUGGAAGCAUUGGGUGGUAGAAACGGACACGGAAACGGAAACGGCCUGAACGAUGGCAUUCGAUCUGCAGCGCUUCAAAACAACCCCAGCCAGAACAGGCGGCAGAAGAAGCGUAUGACGUCCCCAGAACGAUGGGAAAUCCGACAGUUGAUUGCAUCUGGGGUUGCAAAAGCGUCGGAUUACCCCGAUCUCGAGGAAGAUUACAAUGCUACUCUCACGGGCGAGGGACAAUUGGAGUUGGAAGAAGAUGUCGACAUCGAGAUCCGAGAGGAAGAACCGCCUUUUCUUGCUGGUCAAACAAAGCAAUCACUGGAGCUCUCACCCAUCAGAAUCACCCGUGCUCCAGACGGCAGCAUGAAUAGGGCUGCAAUGGCUGGAACAAACCUCGUGAAGGAACGGAAGGAAAUUAAACAACAGGAGGCCGACGCGGCUAAGGAACAAGAAACGAAACCUGAUCUGUCAGCGCAGUGGCAGGAUCCCAUGGCUGAUCCUGAUAAGCGGAGAUUUGCUAGCGAUCUGAAGCAAGCUCAUAUGAAAGCAAAGACCGACGAAGUACCGGAAUGGCGGAGAGUCAUUGCACCAAAGGAUCAACCUCUGGGAAAGCGAACAAACAUGACAAUCAAGCAGCAAAGAGAGUCCUUGCCUGUCUAUGCCUUUCGAAGCCAGCUCAUCUCAGCUGUGAGAGACAAUCAGUUUAUGAUUGUUGUUGGUGAAACUGGCUCUGGCAAGACUACUCAGCUCACACAAUAUCUCGCAGAAGCCGGCUUCACAAACAACGGCAUGAUUGGCUGCACACAGCCACGUCGUGUAGCAGCCAUGUCUGUCGCCAAACGUGUUGCUGAAGAAGUGGGUUGUCAACUGGGUGAAGAAGUUGGUUACACUAUCCGUUUCGAGGACAACACUAGUCCCAAGACUGUCAUCAAGUACAUGACUGACGGUAUGCUUCAAAGAGAGAUUCUGAUAGAUCCCGACUUGAAGAGAUAUUCUGUCAUUAUUCUUGAUGAGGCCCACGAAAGGACGCUCGCGACAGAUGUUCUCUUUGCGCUUUUGAAGAAGACUGCAAAGAGGCGCCCUGAUCUGAAGAUUAUCGUCACCUCGGCCACACUUGACGCGGACAAGUUCUCUGCGUACUUCAACGAAUGCCCGAUCUUCACGAUCCCGGGUCGUACUUUCCCCGUCGAGAUUCUUUACAGCAAAGAGCCCGAGUCGGAUUACUUGGAUGCAGCGCUGGUUACGGUCAUGCAAAUUCACUUGACAGAGCCGAUGGGAGAUAUCCUUGUCUUCUUGACUGGUCAAGAAGAGAUUGAUACUGCAUGCGAGGUUCUGUACGAGCGUAUGAAGGCUUUAGGACCUAAUGUUCCAGACCUUAUCAUCCUACCGAUCUAUUCGGCUCUGCCGAGUGAGAUGCAGUCCAGGAUCUUUGAUCCCGCACCUCCUGGAAGCAGAAAGGUCGUCAUCGCAACAAACAUUGCCGAGACUUCAAUCACAGUGGAUGGCAUUUACUAUGUUGUCGAUCCCGGUUUCCACAAACAGAACGCUUACGACCCCAAGCUUGGAAUGGACUCACUCGUGGUAACUCCGAUCUCACAAGCUCAGGCCAACCAAAGAGCUGGCCGUGCUGGCCGAACCGGACCAGGAAAGUGUUUCCGCUUGUAUACCGAGGCUGCCUAUCAGACAGAGAUGUUGCCGACAACUAUUCCAGAAAUCCAACGCCAGAACUUAGCGCUCACGGUGCUGCUGUUGAAGGGAAUGGGCAUUAAUGACCUGAUCCAUUUUGACUUUAUGGACCCACCUCCUAUCAAUACCUUGCUCACAGCCCUCGAGGAGCUAUACGCAUUAUCUGCGCUAGAUGACGAGGGAUUGCUUACCCGGCUGGGUAGGAAAAUGGCAGACUUCCCAAUGGAGCCUUCCCUGGCCAAGGUGUUGAUCGCGUCUGUUGAUAUGCGCUGCUCUGACGAGAUCCUCUCCAUCGUUGCCAUGCUGAGUUUGCCAAACGUCUUCUACCGACCAAAGGAGAAGCAGGCUCAGGCAGAUCAGAAGAGGGCGAAGUUUUUUGACUCCACGGGAGAUCACCUUACGCUACUUGCUGUCUACAACGGGUGGAAGCAGGCAGCAUACUCAUCACCGUGGUGUUUUGAGAAUUUCAUCCAGGCGCGGUCGAUGCGUCGUGCGAAGGACGUCCGGGACCAGCUCGUCAAGAUCAUGGACCGAUACAAGCAUCCUAUCGUCUCCUGCGGCAAAGACACCCAGAAGGUGCGUCGAGCACUCUGCUCGGGCUUUUUCCGGAACUCAGCCAGGAAAGAUCCCCAGGAAGGCUACAAGACUCUCAUCGAAGGCACACCGGUGUACAUGCACCCUUCCAGCGCACUGUUUGGAAAGCAGGCCGAAUGGGUCAUCUACCACAACUUGGUCCUGACGAGCAAGGAGUACCUGAGCACCGUCACGGUCAUAGAGCCAAAGUGGCUGGUCGAAGCGGCGCCUACAUUCUUCAAAGUUGCACCUACAGAUCGAUUGUCCAAGAGAAAACAAGCGGAAAGGAUCCAGCCGUUGUAUAACAAGUAUGCAGGCGAGGACGAUUGGAGAUUGAGUGCACAGAAGCGCGUUGGUAGAUCCGGUGGAGGGGGUGGUACUUGGGGUUAA